AUGGUAGCGGGAGGCACGGCCGUCGUCUCUCUUUCCGCUCCCUUUUCCGCAAAUCCUUCCGCGUGGGAGCAGCACAGCCAGGCGCAGCUUCCCCCGUUCUCCGCCACUCCUUCCGCCAUUCCUUCCGCGGACCCCUCCUCAUCUGCUUCCGCCAAACCUAGCGCAUCCGCGGACAUGAAUCUCCGCCCAGCCGCGCCAAUGCGCUCAUCAAGCGAGGGCAGCGGCGCAGUUCGCGCCAAUUGUUCCGCUUCCUCCGAGUUCGGUCGUUGCGCGGACGCGGAGAGCGCACGCGGGGGGGGUUUAUACCGCGGAGACACGCGCGAAGCAUGCGGCGGAGCGUGUGGCGCAGUAAGCGGCGAAGCAGAAAGCCGUUCAGCAGCGGACGCUGGCGACGCGCAGCUGAUAUUUUACGUGGGGUUGGCGCACCGGGGGGUUGUGCUGGCGGAUUACGGCAAGCAGAGGAAGCUUCUGCGUAGCCUCGUUGCGUCAGCGCUCCUCGAGAUUCCGCGCCACGUCAGCAGAUUCUCCAUGAAAUCUUCCCCCCUCGCUUUGCAUUCUCCUCUUCCUCCCUACCGCCGUCGUCCCUCACGCCUCCCAUCGCCUGUUGCGGGGUCCGCACCUCCCCGUCGCCUCCACCUCACCUUCCCCUCUUCUCCUCGUCCCCCUCCCCCUCCACCUCCCGCUCCCCCUCCCCCUCCCCUUUCCUCUCCCCCUCCCCCUCCCCCUCCCCCUCCCCCUCCCCCUCCCCCUCCCCCUCCCCUUUCCCCUUACCCAACCCCUGCCCUCCCCGGAUCCUAG